UUUAGGGAAUUGGCGCCUUGGUGUGAAAUUAAACGGAGCCAGCGAACGGAAAAACAAGCGAAACAUAAGUUCAAAAAUAUGUUAUUCAAAAUAGAAUCAACUUUAUCUGAUAAGAAAAGUACGAAGUUCGAGGUCCAAGAAAUAGACCGGCCUACGAUUGAAUAUACGGAUACGUCUAAACGAUUUUACGAGGCUUCUCGUGAUUUUUCAAAACAAUACGCUCAUAUUUAUUCCGCAAGACUUAAUACUUUCAGAAAUAUACUACAACCCGUUAUUAAUAAAAGGUGGGGUAGUAAAUACAAGAUUUUAAAGCUAUGUGACUUGCGCGACAAAGGUACAACCUGUGUUAUUAUAGGCACCCUUUUCAAGCUUCAGGAAUUAAAACCAAGUAUAUUGAAGGAGCUUUCUGAUCAACUGGAGAUUAUUCCACAGCCUGCGAGGAAACACUUUGUUCAUGAGACGGACAGUUUAGUGUUGGAAGAUGAGUUGCAAAGAGUUAAACUAUCUGGUGAUUGUAUUCAUGUAAAUGAAGUUGUCACAGGUGUUGUUGCUGCUUUACUUGGGUCUGAGGAUGACAAUGGUAUGUUUACGAUUAAAGAUGUGUGCUGGGCUGGAUGUAAUUUACAAAAACCAUUGCCAGUCUUAAAUAAUGACAGAUAUAUAGUCCUAAUGUCUGGUCUAAAUCUAGCCUCAAAGAGUGGAGACCAUUUGUUUCCCUUGAGUCUAUUUAUGGAGUGGCUAUCAGGUUUUUGUGGUACAUCAGAAUACCAAGAGGAAGUCUCCAAAAUUGUGCGAGUUAUUAUUGCAGGUGGCAUCUAUGCAAAUCAAUCAAAUGAGAAUACACUAAAUGAAGCAGAUGUGAUUGCAGCAUCAGAAGUAGUAGACUCAUUUUCAGCAGCUGUCAGUGCUGUCACACCAUUGGAUCUUAUGCCUGGCUGUAAAGACCCUGCCAGUAUCAUGUUGCCACAGAAGCCAUUCCAUUAUUGUUUGUUCCCAAAAGCCACACAUUACAAAUCUUUCAAUCGAGUUUCCAAUCCUUAUGAGUGUGAUAUUGGAGGUUUUGUAUGUUUGGGUACUUCUGGCGAACCCAUAAAAGACAUAACUCGAUACAGUGAGAUUGACUCAAAUUUAACAGCAAUGAAGAAAACUCUGCAAUGGCGUCAUCUAGCACCCACAUGCCCUGAUACUGUGCCAAGCACACCUUGUUUGGAUACAGAUCCAUUUACUAUAUAUAAUUGCCCUGCAAUAUAUUAUAGUGGUAACUGCAAUGAAUUUGCUACUGAUGUUCAUAAAGGUGAUGAAGGACAAACCACUAGAAUAGUAUGCAUUCCUGAUUUUUGUUCAUCUAAAACAGUGGCCCUGGUAAAUCUUUCAAACCUGGAAUGUUACAGCAUGAAAUUCGCCUAGGUUUUUUUUUUAAAUUGAGAAUAAAGAAUACAAAAU